AUUAUUGCCAUAUCAACAAAGUCUCUUCAGUACAUAAACACUUCUGUUCAGACCAGGUGACAUCAUCGUCUGUCCUCUCUUCCAGGUGACCUCUGACCCCUGGCUGAUUUGAUGCUGAUUUUUCUUCUUGUAAUUUUACUUCAUAUGAAGUGAGAACCUUGAAGUGGCUCGAAUUCUUCUUCUGUGAAACAGUCCAGUGGAUAAAACGAUUCCAGGUCAAGGAUCAGGGGACAUUUCAUUUUUUUAGAAAUCGUUUCCCCUCAAGGUCCCACCACCGACUCAUGCAGCUCGUCUGUACCAAGGACCAGGUUCUGUGAACUGUUGGUCUGGUUCUGUUGAACUGAGUCGGCUAAAGACCAGCACUUGGACGACGCUGUGGUGGCUUCCCUAUUCAGCAGGCUGGGCGUGGCAUUAAAAUGCCUGAACUGCAUGACUUUCCCCCCCUGAGGGGUGAGGGAGGCCCUGACCUGGGUUUCGGUGGACCUGCAGACCCGGCUCAAAUUCAACACAGCAUCCUGGAGGAGCAGGUGGAGCUGUGGUGGUUCAGAGAUCCAGGGAAGUCUCUGCUCUGCUACUGCGUGGCCGUUCUUCUCAUUCUGGGCUGUGGCCUGGGGGGUGUCGGACUCCUCUCCACCACCACCAGCGUCUCGAGUGAAUGGCGGCUGGGCACGGGCACCGCCCUCUGCCUGCGCGCCCGGGGCGUCCUGCGGAAGCAGCUCCUGAGCUCGGCGGUGCAGGACAUGAACUGCGUUCGCAGCCGUCGGCGGAUCGACAUGCUGAAGAGCGGCGGUUUGUCGGACCUCCUGGUGGUUCUGAUCACCGGAGCGUCCCUGCUAAUCUGUGGGGGGGUUCUGCUCCAGCUGGCCCUGGUCAACCACAUGCCCAAGCCGGGGCAAGCCCUGAAUGACAUGUACAUCUCUGGAGUGGUGUUGCUGGCAGGAGGGGGCGCCGCAGUGGUAGGUGUCGUGAUUUACGCGGUUGUGGUGUUGCUGUUGGAGAGAACGAGGCACGGACGGAGGUUCGUGGACCAGGUGUUGAACAUAUUCACAGUGUCAGGGCGCAUGGAGCAGCAGGCCCGCAGAGAGACCACCUCCAGUCUGGCCAACCUGAUAUAAAGAAGUGACCACACACAGAAUGUUGGACACGUCGUACCAGAUUAUUUAUCCUCUGCUACUGUACUACUACUACUACUGCGAUUAUUACUACUACGACAUUAAUCCACUUACUACAACAUUUAUUAAUAAUAAUAAUAAUUUUUUCACUCCAGUUUGAGACAUCUGUGACAUUUUGGGUUUGUGAAACAGUACAUCUGUCAAACAAUUCAAAUUUUUUAUCUGAUAAAUUACAGUAAAGCUGUGCAUUAACCGAUUAAUCAUGAUUAAUCGUGACUAAUCACGAUUAAUUGUAUGGUAUUUUACACUAGACAUCUCCAGUGUUUGUGACGGUGGGAUUAUUAAACUGCACAUCACACAAACCAAUCAUUAAAAAAAUGGUUAGAAAUGUAAUGAAUUUCCACUAAUAUGAUUAACGCAUUAAUUCUGAGAACGUUAUAAAAGGUUUUAGUUUCUGAAUGUACGGUAAAAUGUUUCUAUGAACACAUGGGAAAUAUACAGAGAAAAAAAUCUGUUUCCAUUUCCGCUGCAACAUGAGGGGUUAAUAAAAGCACAUUUAAUGACCGAAUGAGAGUUGAACAAAAUAAAAUAAAAUCAGUGUGAAAUGAGAAGCUGUGAACAAAUAAACUUAACAUCAAUAAAUACAGAAAAAAGCACAUGAAGUAAAAUAGGUCAUUUACACACCUGUGUGCGUGUGUGUGUGUAUAAUUAACCUAAUGAUCGUUGUACUAUUACAAACCCCACGACAUACAACUAUCUGAACACGGCUUUUAUCAAAGACAGCAUGGGCACCAGCUGACAAUGUAAAUAAUAUUCACAGACCAGAAAAUAUAUUGGGAAAUAUACCUUGAACAGUUCCUUCAUUUGUAUUUCUUAUCGUAUCAUUUCCUCUUUUUCACCGUUUCCUCCGACUCAUGAAUAUAUGCAGUGGAUGAUUUGACUGUGGAUUAAAUUGAUUUUUGGAUUUAAAAAAAAAAAAAAGUAGUUUGGCUUGGGGGGAGAAAAACAACUUUGUCCUCGGCUCAGUAAAAUGACAUAUUAUUGUAAUAAUCCAUGCAGUGAGACCGUGGUGUCAGAGACGGAUCGUCCACAUGUUAAUGUAAUACUGGGAUUUGUGUUGGGAGAAUUAUAACAGAGCACUUUAUAUAUGAAUACGUGUGUAUAAUUGUCAGUUUUGUACAUGGACACAGUAUUUAUGCAGCACCUUUGUUGUUGUUUUUUUUUUUUUUUUAAUUCCAUUUACUUUCCUCUCUAUGAUGCUAUAUUUAACUCCAUCUAGUGGCUGUGUUUUUAUGAAUGGACAAUUGUGAAAAAUGUUUGUCUGUAAUUUUCUUUUUUUUAUAAAUUGAAUCUCAUUGUUCUUAUAAACAGCGUGUCACCAAGCAAUAAACUCUGAAGAAACAAUU